UGGUGCCUCGCUGUGUGCUGCCCGACAUGAAGGUCCACGUGCAGGUGCCGGCGCUGGUGUCGGUGAUGGUGUGGUGCUGCCUGCACGCAGUCCGUGGCGCCAACAUCCUGGCCGUGUUGCCAUGGGAGGGCCGCAGCCACUGGAUCAUGCACCGGGAGCUGCUGGUCGAGCUCGCCCGUAGGGGCCACAACCUCACCGUGAUGACGCCAUUCCACGAGCCGGGCGAUCCCUGGGAAGUCAUCCGGACCCACGCCCCAUUCGUAGAGGGUGGCAAGUUUGACUUCGUGGAGUACGGCUCGCUUUCGCCAUUCACGCAGCAGACGGUGGUGUCAGGUAUCGGCACGGAGGUGUGCCGGCGCCUGAUGGACAACCCGGGAGUUCGCGACCUCAUAGACUCCCGGCAGCGGACGUACGACCUGCUCAUCAUGGAGGGCUUCUUCCACGACUGCUUCCUCGCCUUCUCGCACAAGUACCGGGCGCCGACCGUGCUCACGUGCACCUUCGGCGGCGGCAGCAGCUGGGACAACCAUCCAAUGGGCAACCCGUACCCUCUGGCGUACUUGCCCGAGGCCGGCUUGGCCUACAGCAGCAGCAUGAGCCUCUUCCAGAAGACCUACAACGCCCUGUUCUCGCUCGCAAUCAACCUCCACCGAGUCCUCGUCUACUUCCCAGUCAUGGACGAGAUGGUGCGCGAGCACUUCGGGGAUCCCAGUAUGCCCCCUCUGGCGGAACUGCAAAGCAACGCGUCCCUGCUGCUGAUCAACAACCACUUCAGCUUUGACUACCCGAGGCCACUGGCGCCAAACACAGUGCAGGUUGCUGGGAUGCACAUCAGGCCCCCUAAGGCACUCCCGAAGGACCUGCAGGAGUUCAUGGACGCUGCCGCUGAGGGCGUGAUCUACUUCAGCAUUGGCAGCAACGUGAAGAGCACGGACCUGUCGGAGGAGGUGCGCGCCGUCUUCCUGAAGACGUUCGCACGGCUGAGGCAGAAGGUGCUCUGGAAGUUGGAGGGCGACUCGCUGCCGAACCAGCCGGCCAACCUCAGGAUCAGCAGUUGGUUUCCGCAGAGCGAUUUGCUCGCUCACAGGAACAUGCGUCUCUUCAUCACGCACGGCGGCAUGAUGAGCGUGCUGGAGGCACUGUACGCUGGCGUCCCACUGCUCGGCGUCCCCAUAUUUGGCGACCAGGUGAUGAACGUCCUGAGGGCCCGCGACUCGGGCUAUGGUCUGCUGCUCCACCUCCGCAACAUCACGCAGGAGUCGUUCGACUGGGCCGUCAAUGAGCUGCUGACUGACCCGAGGUACGCGGAGAACGCGCGGAAGUUGUCGCGGCUGUUCCACGACCGGCCGGAGCCGCCGCUGGAGACGGCGGUGCGCUCGGUGGAGUACGUGCUGAGGCACGGGGGCGCGCGCCACACCCGCCCCGCGGCUCUCCACCUCGGCUGGCACCACUACCUGCUGCUCGACGUCGCCGCCUUCGUCCUCCUCUCCGCGCUGAGCGCCGCCGCCGGCGCAGUGCUCGCCGUCAGGUUCCUCGUCGGAACAUUUUUCAGAAAAUCCGCUAUACCGGCUUCGUCAAAAAAGAAGACUGCGAAGAAAGAUUGA